UAUGCAAAUAAUUAAUACAUUUAUAAAAUAAACAAUCAAUUUAAUAAAUAAUAUAAAUAAUAAUCUUGUCCACAAUGUCUCUUAAAAGAAGGGAUGUCUUCAGAGUUUUUUUGUUUUUGCAGAUCUUACAGACAGAAUUAUAGACAGUCUAAAGUUCUACAUAAAACAAGGACACAUUUGGUAGAAAUUGAAGAAAUCUGACCUCCGCUGCUUUAAAUAGCCUGAGCCUUUAAAAAAAUGAAACAAAAUAUUUGUGACCUGGUUUUAAUGAUUUAUGUCUUAAAAAAGAAGAACAAUGGAAGAACAAUGGAGCUUAGUGAAAAGUCAGUAAGUAUUGAGAGACAGGCGUUGGGUUUGAUCUUUUCAUGGAGUUUACAGACAGUGAGAAAAACGAAAUAACUCCACCAUUAUCCUUUAAAACAUUUCCGAUAUGAGAAUUAUUACAUCAUUCAAAGAGAUCCUUUCCACCGAGGCACAAUCUAGGGAUUACUAAGGGUCCUUAACUCAGAAACCAGCUCUCCAACUCUUUUAUUUGAUUUCAUUUUAUUCUAUUUAUUUCUAUUUUAGGGUCAAUGCAAUGUGACUGCUGCCAUAGCAACGUGUCCAGGAGUCAGAGGAAACCGCUCACGUGUAAGUUUCUAGAAGAACACAAUUUCCCAGGUAGCUUUGCGAAUAGAACAACAAAGAUGGCGAUUCAGCUCAAUGUAACUGGACGUGAUAUGAAUUGUGAAACGUACAACAGAUGAGCUAAAGGAGCGACAACCCGCACAGCACUGCAGAAAAUUUACCACUGCGGUGCAGCUACAUCACACCUACGUGUCUACGUCGGUACAUUAACAGACAAAAUGCCUUCUCCUAAAGCUAAAAACACCGGUCGCAGCGGAGGAAGCCCGGUGCUCGGCAGCUCCAACGGCCGCUACGACUUCAUGUCGCUGACGAAGCCGAUUAACCGGUCCUCGCCGCCGCACCUCCUUCAGCGGCAGGGCUCCGACACAACCACCGCCCGCCUCCGAGCCUCGGAGAGCCCCACUCGGCGCCGGGGCUCCAGCUCCUCCACGGGCUCGGCGAGCGGUCAGGGGCUUCCAGAAGAGGACGGUAUACGGCUCAACCCGUCCUUCAUCCGCGUAGCGCUCAGCUCCCUGCUCGCCAUCGACCUGUGGCUGUCCAAGCGGCUGGGGGUGUGUGCCUGUGAAGACUCGUCCUGGGGCAGUGUGCGCCCGUUAAUGAAGCUGAUAGAGAUAUCGGGACAUGGCAUCCCUUGGCUGGCUGGUACCGCCUACUGUCUGUAUAAGAGUGACAGUGCUACAGGACAAGAAGUUAUGCUCAACCUUCUCAUGGGCCUGCUGUUGGACCUGGUCCUGGUUACCAUUGUUAAGGCAGUGGUGCGUCGGCGUCGGCCAGCGCAUAACCGUAUGGACAUGUUUGCCACCUUUUCCGUGGACCGCUACUCCUUCCCUUCGGGCCAUGCCACCCGUGCCGCUAUGUGUGGGCGGUUCCUGCUGGCUCACCUCGUGCUGGCUGCCCCUCUCAGGGUCCUCGUCCUGCUGUGGGCCGGCCUGGUGGGGCUGAGCCGAGUGCUGCUGGGCAGGCACAAUGUGACUGACGUGAUGUUUGGAUUCUGGAUGGGCUAUUGCCAGUAUAAACUUGUGGAGAUGCUGUGGCUCUCACCUCAAACCCUGCAAGGGCUGCUGGGGCAGUUAGUUUAAUAUUAAGGACCGAAGGAGGAGGUGACAUGGAGGUUUAAAUCUUGAUUGUAAGAGCGCCUGCACACCUUUUGUGUUUUAGACUCAUAUAUAAAUGAAAUGUAUUAUUUUACUUUUGACUAGAGAAGAGAGGUCUAUCAAACACAGUUUUGGUCUGCUGUUAUCUGACACUUAAGUUCAAAAUCCCACUUUCAGCCCUCACUUUAAGGUUGCAGUGACUAGCCUGUCUGUAGUAGAUAGUACAGGAUUUGUCAGAAUAGACCAGUGAGAAGCAGAUUUGUCCAGAUUACCUCCUGCGGCCACCUCACUCCCCUUACCGGCCUGAUUCACGGACAAUAUGAAGUAAACUCCUUUUUAACUCUAACAGUUGUUUUGGACACUGGAAAUGAUUUAAACUGCAAGUAUACUUUUGUUGCUAAGGGAGUGUUAAUUUCAAAGUCUGACUCAGAUAUACCCUAAAAUUUUACAUCGCAGAGGAGAGGUAUAAUAAUUAAUGUGAAUCAUUUUCUUUAGAAAAUACCCCCACUUUUUUCUUCAACUAAGCUUUAUUCAAUUAAUGCAGAAGCAAACAGCAAUAAGUAGUUAAAAAAGUACUGUAAAAAUACUGUAGUAUAAAAGUUAAUAAAAACAUUAGUGGGACUGUAUCCUAAGUGGUUCUACUAACAAACCCUGAUGAAAUUCCUUUUUUAGAGUGUCAAAGUGUCCAGUAGCAGCUGCUCCCAAACUGCACACUGAUAUUUCACAGGCAGUAUGCACACCGUUGUAAGACCCCUCCUGUUAUUGUUGUAAUUUGAGGCCAGGGUUAAUGGGAGCACCUUGCCCUCCUGUCUUCAGCUGUCCUCUUUCUUUGGGACGAUUUCUAGCCUCUAAGCUCUCUCCUCUGACUGAACUUUUAUGUCCUCUUCACACGACUACUGAUAUGAGUUUCAAGUAGACACACCCAAACCCCUCAUAAACAUAAAUUUCACCAAUUUAUUUGACCAGGCCAUUCUUAUUUCUUUGACAGUAUCACUGUUUCAUUAAUAAUCAACCAAAACAUAUCACAUAAUGCUGAUUACUAAUUACUAAGGAUUACUAAACUUUGAUGGAUUACAUACACUUAACCUUAUUGUGAUCAGGUGAUGCACAAAAACAUAAAUCAUUUUCAAAUAAUUUUAUUACGGAACAUACAGUUGUAAUAUGAUGUGAAUAUACAUGAAGAUGUGUAUGUGUUUUAGUAUUUUAACACCAUAUUACUGCUUUUAUCAAACUCGUUAAUUAUUAAAAUGUUUCCCCUUAAACAAGGAAAACAACAUUACCUGAUUUGUGGGUCUAAGGGAAGAAAUCAUCAUUUUCCAACACAAUUUAUUCAAAGUCAGAAGAAGAGUGUGUGGGAAGCCUCUUCUCUAGGCAUUGACGGUUUCAAAUGGCGUAAUGAGGCUGAAGACUGACACACUGUACAAUACAUUGUCAGUAAGCAGAAAGAAAGCUGCAUAUUGAAUGGACUCGUGUUUUAUGUAGUAGGGUGGUACAUACUAUAUCUUUACAUUUUCAUUGUUAAGUAAUGGACCAUCCGUUCACUAAAUGUAACUUGCUAAACUGAAGACAAAUAACCACAGUUUGGCUCAGUAAAGGAGUCACAGUCACUGAACAUGGACAGGUCUUUUCAGUCAAUUUCAUUUGCUAUUAGAAGUUAAACAAAGAACUUUAUUUGAACGGCGAAGUGGAGUUGGAAACACGAAACAGCACCUCUGUUAUCUGACAAAACUCUUUUUGUUUACAUAACACAAUAAGUUAAAGAAUAUGAUUAGCUGUGGUUUUAUUGACCAGUUAGUGGCCCAUAGUCUGGCAACAGACUCACAUCAGUGACAGUUAAGAGCUUACUAGUUUUUUACUGAUUCACAACAUCAUACAUCUCUUUUCUAGUACAAAACUAAGCCCUUUAUGGCAUUACAUGAGCAAAUUUGAAACUAUCUGUGAGUCAGUUUUCAAUCAAGAUCUUGCUCCUGUUUUGGGGCAGCAUGCCACUAAUCUGGGCACCUUUUUAUAAAGUAUGGAAUAAGGUGUGACUGAGAUCUACCUACAGCUCAGCGGAGGGAGAUGUAUAAAUACCUGAAAUGUGAUCAAUCACACCACAAGUUCAUACUUGAUCACUGAGGAUAAUAUUAGUCAUGAGCCCAUUUACUAAAUCUCAGUCCAAGCAGAUUUGGAAGUACUGAAAAUUUAAAACAUUGAUUUAGAUUCACAAUUAUGAUUUGAUUGUGGUAACAAUCACAGAAUGCAUUCGAUUUCAUUGGUUCUUACAGUGGGUAAUGAAAAACAGAGUGGAUACGGGGCAGUUUAAAAUAAUAGAAUUGAAUAAUUUUUUCUUACUUCAAAUUUUGUUCAUAGAAAUGACAGCUUACUAGAAUUCUGCACUGUGAAAACAUUCCUAAAGACACCAGCACUGUACUUUUUUUUUUUUUUUGCUCCAACCAUGUUUGCAAGCACUGCAAUAAUUCUAGUCUCACAGACGAAGAUAAACUAGGUUUAUUCAUUAGUAGAUUGAGUGAGAGAUUGAUUAGUAGAUUAGUUUUGAAAAACGUACUAGAUUGUGUAACUACGCACAUCAUUUCCCAUCAGCGCCAUGGUAGCACAAGGUUUUAAAUUUGCAUGAGUGUUGGGUCAGUGAGGACGUCUUGACUGUUUGUUUUGUAAUGGCCUGGUGUGCUGCCAUGGUUCAUGGAUCAGUGGUCAGAGUUUGAAGGUAAAGUUUUAUAACAUGCUACGUGACAGGAAUAGAUGAACAUACAGUUCUAUGUGACAUACUCCCAUAUCUCAACUUGGAGACAGUUUUGUGAAAAUGUUUGUGAAUGUAAAGAAAGUCCUUGCCACAAUUUCUCAUCUACUAACUCUAACGAAUGUGAUGCCACAUGGCACUGUCUAUGUCAAAUAAUGGUUGGCUAGAUUUCUCAUGAUUUUUAUGUUUUGUCAUGUGUUUUCACAAUGUUUACAUUUCCCACUAAUUCUCAGUUGAAGAUUCACAAAGGCAAUCAUCUGUAAAGAGAUUAACAGCCAAGUGUUGAACUGUUGCAUAUCUUCCCACAGUUCUUUUGUGAUGAUACUUUGACCUACUGAACUGGUCUUGAAUCUUAAUGUCUCAGACGUGACCCUGUGGGUCAGCAUGUGUGUUUGUUUGAGGGUUAAUCCUUACACGCUGACCUACUGACCAGGCGGUCAGUAGGUCAGUGUGUGUGUGUGUUUAGGUGCGCAUACUAUUUCUCAGAAGCAGCAUGUUUGAUGAUUAAUCGAUAUCCACGCACUGACCCACUGACUGUGGAUUGAAUGCCAGGCUGAGAUCCAACAUUAAUAUUACACUUUAAAUGACGGCAGUGGUCAAGAUGUAACACAGAUGUGUGUUUUGACGUUAGCGUUAGCGACCCAUACGUAAGCCAUUGAGGGCACAGCAUGUGAAAAGUUGUGGUUAACUUAUUUGUGCCCUGUCAGACAUCUGUACCAAAUCUGAAGAGCAAAUGAGACUUUAUUUUUUCUGAUGGAUGAUGUGUCAUUUAAGCAAUAAUUUUGCUUGUAUUCAACUAACCAUGAAAUCAGAGGAUUAGCCUACAUACACGUCAACUGCCUUUUUUCAGUUCAAGCUAAGUGGAAGCUGAAGGGCAUUUCCCCAACUUAAAUCCAGUUUUUAUUGUCAGAUAAGUAUCAUGAAAUGCAACUGUUGAGCAGAACUGCUCAUAUUUUUCCAAAAAAGUUUAAAGAAAAGUAAAGGAAGUGUUGUGCAUGUGAUCCACUCAUUGACUACAUGCACACAGUUCUCCUCCUCGCUGAGUGUGUAGGGCAUGACCGCUCUGCCAGGAGGAAGCAGAUCAUUUAAUAAGUUGCACAACAGUAGGCUCUGUCGCGCUCACUUUACACACACACAUCUUGGCACUGCCAGAAACCAGAACUCGUUAAUCUACAAGUGCCAUCUAAUUUCUCUGUUUGGGGGUCUGUUUUAAUUUGUCUGUUGAUUAGGAGUAUGAUCAGAUAUGUGGAAAUAUGAUUUCUGUGCAAAUGUUUGAUGUAUGAACCAUUGUUGAACCAUUUUUUGACAGAAAGAAUGUUUUAGUUUUUGUGUCUGUUUAGUUUUUAGAAAUAUCCUGCUUUUUGACUGUGAGCCACUUAUGUGGCAUUUGCCAGUUGGUCCAAACCAGGUCCAAAUAGCUGGUAUGAACCAGUGUAGUUUAGUAGACUGUUCUCUGGUACACUGGUGCCCCAUUGUAGACCUCAUACAUGCUGUGCCCUCUCUCUGCAAUAACUGCCCUAUGAGCUUCCCAGUGUGAGCGAUAAGAUGACCAGCGAGAGGUUGUAGCUUCCAGCCUUUCUGUUUCAUUAGCCUUCUGUCACAUAUUUAAAUAUGCUGGACAGUGAACUUUGUGACCAAAUGAUUAUUAUGAUUGAUUUUUGUGUUGUCUUACAUGUGGAUAUUGAGAUGAUGCGGAAACCUAAGAAAAAAAGACAUUUAUCACAAUGAUUAUAGAAUAGAUUUGCACAUUCCACAUGUCACCUGUUUACUUCCAGGUUGAGAAACACCACCGUGAAGAAAGAUGCAUUUUGUUGUUUAUUCAGCUCUUAUUCAGUAAAUGUCAUUUAUUCUUGCACAUUGGCAAACAUGAAGCCAGCUAAAAUAUAUUUCACUGCACUCAAUUUUGCCCGCUGUAUACUAUAAAUUAUAUUGUGUGUUUCCUGUAUAGACCUUAUGCUUAAUGUAUAUACAUAUGCCUGUAUGGUCAUGUGAUUACACUGUUAUGUUCAGUGGAUUUGAAUGUGCUGUUCAAUAUUCUCUAAAGGAAUAUUCUAUUCCUAUUCAUGAAUGAUUUGAUUGUACUGAUUUUUAAUUAAAAGGGGAACAAAUCUGAAA